AAUAUACUCGUAGAAAAUUUUUUAUUCUGAAGGAAUCGAGAAGUUUCUAUCACUAUAUGUGUGUACAGGAGUUUAGAUACCGCGCAAGCAAGCGAUUAGCUUAGUCGAACGAGUCUAAACGUGUCGUUUUAUUGCGUAUUAUUUGCUCGAAUUAAAGAACGCUUUACGAACAUUUAGCAUUGAAAAAUUGUGAAUACACUUGCUGUAUUAUUAUUAUAAUACUGUUAUUUAAUUGAAUUUGAAGGAAAUUUUUACGAACAAAUUUUCGUAAACGAUAAAAUUUAAUAUUAUGGCUACGAAAAGUGACGAGUUAAAACUGGAUAUUGAAGAAUUGAACACUUUGUUACAACAAGCUACACGAUCCAAAGUCAAAGAUAUGCUUACUUUGGAGAUUAGACGAUUACAGACAGAGGUAGCCAAACUGAUCGAAGAAAAUAAAGAUGUAUGUCUUAAAUCUGUGAAUUCCUCAAUUGAUUCUAUUCCCAAAUGUUAUGAAGUUAAGUUGAAUAAUUAUGGCUGGGAUCAAACGAAUAGUGUUGUCAAGAUUUACGUUCAAUUAAAGAAUGUACAUACUUUACCAAACAAAGAUGUUACCUGUAAAUAUACAGAAAAAUCAAUGGACUUGUAUAUCUUUGGUUUGGAUAAUAAGAAUUAUCAUUUGCCAAUCAAUAAUUUAUGUGAAGAUAUUGAUACAGAAAAGAGUUAUGUAAAGAUAAAAACAGAUAUGAUCAUUGUAUAUCUUGCUAAAAAAUUACCGAAAAAUUGGUCACACGUAACUGGUGUUGAAAAAAGAAUAAAAGAAGCAAAAACUCCAUCGGUUCCUGACAUGGGAGAUGAUCCUGGUGCAAGUUUAGUGAAUCUAAUGAAAAAAAUGUAUCAAGAUGGAGAUGAUGAAAUGAAGAAGACGAUAGCGAAAGCAUGGACUGAAAAUCAACAAAAAACUGCAGCAGGUCUGUCAGGUUUUGACUAUUAAUUGUAAACCACUAUUUUAUUAAACGUAUUUUAUGUUUUCUUAUAAUAUCAUAAAAAUUCAUUUAGAAAAUGAAUUUAGGCCUAAAUAUGUUAUAUGUAUCUACUUAUAUUGUGCAUAGUCAAAAUAAAGUUCCUUAAUUCUAAGUUUGUCAUAACAAGUGGACUUCAAGUACAUUUGUCUACUCAGUAUUUAUAAAACAUUCUCUACUGUUACAAAAUUAUUUGUAUGUGUCCACACACAACCACAUUUUUUUAAUUAUUAUAUCUACAGAAGAUGUAAUUGUCAGUUUAUAUAACUAUGACAUGUAAUAUUAUAUAAGAAGUAAUAAAACAUUAGAAAUGUUUGCUAUACA